AUGAGCAGUGUAGAACAACAAGCACCCGUGCCGGCUGCGGCCACAACACCACAGCAGCAGCCUUUGGGCACUCCCACCCAACAGAACGCCCCUACUCCUGCGUCUGUUGUGAACUCAGGCGGCGACCAGCUCGUCUGUCAGUGGCAAUCUUGCGGCGAGCGUCUGCCUUCUGCUGAACAGCUUUACGACCACGUUUGCGAGCGCCAUGUUGGUCGCAAGAGCACCAACAACCUGAACUUGACCUGCCAGUGGGGUAACUGCCGUACUACGACUGUAAAGCGUGACCACAUCACGUCUCACAUUCGUGUUCACGUCCCAUUGAAGCCGCACAAGUGCGACUUCUGCGGCAAGGCCUUCAAGCGUCCUCAGGAUUUGAAGAAGCACGUCAAGACGCACGCCGACGACUCUGUCUUGCUUCGCUCACCCGAGCCUAACCGUGGCGGCCCUCACGGUGCGGGAGGCUACCCAGGUCAGAGCGGUAAACUCGUUGCUGACUUGCAGGCGCUUGCCGCUACAGCGAGUGGAUACCAGUAUCCUGAUGGUGCCCUUGGACCCAACGGAGCUUAUGGCCAGCAACACCCUGGAGGCGCUCCUGCCGGAUUCUACGGAGGCCCACCCCAGAACUCCGCCUAUGGCCCCGUCUACUAUGCUGUCAACCAGACACAGCAGCUGACUAACGACUACGAAAUCCGUAAGCGUGCAGCAUACGAUGCUCUGAACGAAUUCUUCGGCGAUGCCAAGCGCCGUGCCAUUGACCCCUCUACCUACUACGACGUUGGCCAGCGCCUGAUGGGUCUCCAGGGUGUCCAGCUCCCCGUUCUGGGUGGUUACCAGUCUCCUGGCAUGUCUGAGUAUGGCCACGGUGGCACCAUGGUUGCCCAGGCCUCGCACCCCCCCAUGCACCACCCCUACUCGCUCCCUCUGCCUAACCUGAGGACCAAGAGCGAUCUCUUAAACAUUGACCAGUUUUUGGAGCAGCUCCAGAGCACUGUCUACGAGAACCCCAACCACGCCGCAGCUGCUGGUGUUCAGCAGGCCGGAGCUCACUACGUCCACACUGGUGCCGGUUACCGCUCAAGUCACUCACCCCCUGGCCUGUCGAGCAGUCACUCCCAGUCUUCUCACGCCACCGCUGCUCCCAACGAUACUCCAGCCCUGACACCCGCUUCAAGCGUCCUGUCCUACAGCUCCCAGCACUCUCCUGGUGCCACUCACUCUUCCAGCGGUGUCUCUCCUACUUCAAGGUCGUCAAUUGGCAGCAUGUACCCCACUCUCCCAUCUGUCAGCGCCAUGUCUGACAUGUCCGCUGCGGCUCCUUCGUCGGGUCUUGCGCCUGCUUUUGAUGCUGAUGGCCGCCGGAGGUUCUCUGGUAACCUGCUCCAGAAGGCUGCUCCUGACCGAAGUGAGGGUGACGAGAUGGAUACCGGCUCUGACGGUUCGUCAAAGUCCCGUCGCAACUCUGAGCAAGACAACCUGCACCACGAUGUCAACCAGCUGGCUAUUCACUCUCCUAGAGUUGACCCUGCUCUUCGCUCACCCAGUGUGGUGUCCGAUGCGCCUACAGAAACACCGAACGACUCUCAAAGUUGGGUCGAGAACAUCCGCGUGAUUGAGAGGCUUAGGGGUUGGCUCAAGGAGCGUCUUGACACUCGUGAUUACAUCGACGAGGAGGAGAAUGAGGCCAAGGAGGAGCACCGCACCAUUGAGGACGACGAUGAGCACAACCUUUACCCUGUUCUUCGCGCUGUGCAAGAAGGCCGGGAGUAA